GUGUGGACUAAGGGCUUUUGUUUUGGUUUUGACUCUCGAGUCAUAGAGCAAUAGUCUGGUGUUGAGGAGAGAGAGGAAGGAGUUACUGUCGAAAGCUCUUUCAAAUCUUCGAAGCUCUCUCGUCUCUAGUAUCGAUCCAUCUUCUUCUCUAUCCUCUUUAAAGUUUUUUCUGAAUUAGGGUACAAAUGAAGAUUUAUAAAUUAGGGAUUUAUGAUUUAGAACUUUUGAUUGUUUCGAUUUGGAUUUGGAUUUCUUGAUUAAUUUUUAGGGGAUUUCUGGAUUUCCAUGGUUGAUUUCUGGGUUGCAUGUUUGAUUUCUUUUCCGCUUUGACGGCUUGAUCUGCAGGUUUGAAUUGAAUUUUUCAGCUUCUUCCAUUAAUAAGAAGCCAAAUUUCUAUUGAAUUGAAAUCCCAAAACCAUACCGAAAUCCCAAUCCCCAAAUAUUUUCAAGAAUCCAGAAAUUCAGGAAUACAGAAAUUUCGGCUUGAGAUUGGAAUUGGGAUUUCCAUCCCAAAAAAGAAUCGGUUUGGGAUUCCAGAUCCCAUUUUCAGGUCGGGAUCUCAUCUCGAAUCAGCCCUACAUAGAAUAAAUUGUACUGUUUUAGGUUACAGGUCAUUUUUCUUAAUCAUUUUUAUAUCAAGCACAUAGAAUAACUUGUACUGUUUUCCGUUACAGGUUUACAGCAUAUGAUAACUUGUUCAAAUCCGAACAUACAUAAUACAGAUUGAUAAUUUCAGAAAGAAUGAGUAUACCUCUCCAAUUUCUGUUAAAAAUGGACAUGUACGAAGUUGUAGUUCAUGGUGUCAAAGUGACGGUUAGCGUGGUCGAUGAUGCUGCUGUGAUUGACAAAAAAUAACGGAACUGAGGAGCUUGAUGAAGCAAGGGCCUGUCAUGGGACUUGAUAUAAAGAAGGCUGAUAAAUCAGAUCGGGCUUCAAUGCUGCUUCUUUGUGCUCGAAGUCGUUGCUUGAUCAUCCCAAAUCUUCAAACUUUGUUCUCUUACUACCCCGGUGAUUCAAAUGUUUCCGGACUUGGGAAGCUGUUAGCUGAUCGCACCAUCCGUUUUGUGGGUAUAGGAAUGAACAAAAAAAAGUAUUUGGAACCCAGCUUGGGUGAUAUGAUGUACAACGCAGGAGUAGAAGUUGGCCAUUUGGCGGCAAGGGUUCUGCAGAAACGCGAUCUCGAAACGCACAAGCUACAUGAAUUGGCAGCUGAAGUUGGUAUUGAUGGUAUUAAGCCCCAAGGAAAGGUUCUUUCACUUCUUUCUCCUGCGGAUGCCAAGGAUUCUUCAGAUGAAGAAUACAAGGCGGGCAAGCUAAGUAAGAUGGGCUGUGAAGGUAGUCCUAAAGCUCCACGAAAAGGUAUGGUCUUUUCCUGCGGAUUCCCGGGUUUUUUCAAAGCAAGAAAUCAAGUGCGCAAUUCAUGAUGUUUAUGCUUCAUAUCUUAUUGGCAAAAAGCUCCUGGGCAGGGUUAGCAGAAAUGAAUGAGGUGACCAGUGACCACAUGGCUGACUAGGGUCAUGGCUUAUCUUUGGUCGUCGUGUGUUUGUUUCUCCUCCUACCACUGCUACUAAUGUUUUAGUUUCUGAUACUAUCGGCAGGGCCUUUCCAAGGACUGUCCUUACCUAGCUUUUUCUUGUUUUGUUUGCUGGCUUUGCCCUCUUCUGUACCAGAAAAUAAAAUAAGCUCUUCGGAAU